AUGGGCAAGCUCAUACGGUUGGAGUUGUUCAACUUCAAAUCCUACAAAGGUCAUCACACACUUCUUUUUGGUGACUCCUACUUCACGUCUAUCAUUGGACCAAAUGGAUCAGGAAAAUCGAACUCUAUGGAUGCGAUUUCGUUCGUGCUUGGCAUUAAGUCAUCACAUCUCCGAUCGGCGCAUUUAAAGGACCUUGUUUACCGUGGUCGCGUUUUAAAAACAUACAAAAUCAACGACGACGGCUCUGCCGAAUCCCAGAGAAACGGAGAAGAUUUGACCGCAUCCGAUGAUAAGGCUUCUCGAGGAGAUCCAAAGACUGCCUGGGUCGUAGCCGUGUAUGAAGAUGACGCUGGCGACGAGCAGCGAUGGAAGCGUUCUAUUACUAGCUCUGGUGCCAGCGAGUAUCGCAUCAACGAACGGGUCGUUACAGCGCAGCAAUACAAUGAAGCGCUUGAGAAAGAGAACAUACUCAUGAAAGCGCGCAACUUCCUGGUGUUCCAAGGCGACGUCGAGGCCAUUGCUUCUCAGUCGCCGCAAGAGCUAACCCGCCUCAUAGAGCAAAUAUCCGGUAGCCUGGACUACAAAGCAGAGUAUGAGAAGCUUCAAACAGAGGCAGAGGAAGCUGCUGAGAACCAAAACUUUCACCUGCAUCGUCGUCGCGGGAUCAAUUCCGAAAUCAAGCAGUAUCGCGAACAGAAAAAGGAGGCUGACAGCUUUCAGAGAAAAACAGAAGAGAGAGAUGCCGCAAUCGUGUCACAAUGUUUGUGGAAGCUUUUUCAUUUCCAGAAAGCAAUGGAUGAGUCUAGCGCGGCUAUCCAGGACCAUCAUGAAGACUUGAAAGAGUUGAGGAGGAACGUGGAAUACUUUGAGGCGCGUCUGGAAGAUGCCAGACGAGAUCAAAAUAGCGCUGGGCGACUGGUAUCCCGAACAGACAAGGAGAUCAGAUUGAAGGAAAAAAGCAUCGAGGACAAACAAAGUGCCUUUCUCCCUUUCGAGGAAAAAGUCUAUGAGUGCACUCAGCAGUUGGAAAAACUUCAGGGUCAAAGUCAAAGAGUGGCAAGAGAAAGAGAUGAGCAAGCCAAGAUCGUCGAGAAGGUUCAGAGCGACAUUGCAAGCGUGGAAAAAGCACAUGCCAUCUUCGAGAAGGAGACCCGGGAACAGAUGAAAAAGCAAGGGCGGGAUAUCAGUGACGCGGAUCGCAAAGAAUACAAUAUGCUCCGUGCUCAGGUGAUGGCUCGUUCAGGCGCGAACCAAGCAAAACUGAAGAUUUUAGAACGGCAGCGUAAAGCUGAUGAGGUGACAGUUAACAAUCUUCGCGGCAAGCUCGAUAGCAUCACGACUACACUGGAGAAGUCGGAGGCUGAGCUUCAGACCAUUAGCGAGCGCAAGAGUUCCGCUGAAGCCGUUUCUGAAGAUAUUUCCGCCGAAAUCGCAAGCAAGAAGAAGGAGUUUAAUCAAAUGCAAUCUGAACGCAUUCGAACUAACCAGAAACGGACAGAACUGGAGGAAAAGCUGGAGGAUGUAGCUCGCAAGCUACGCGAAGCCGAUGACGGCCGUCGACAAAAUGACCGCGAAACUCGAUUGAAGGAGACGGUGAUAGCGUUGAAACGGAUAUUUCCUGGGGUGCGUGGCCGUAUCGGAGAUUUAUGUGCCCCGAAACAGAAAAAAUACGAUGAGGCUGUGAUUGUAGCUCUUGGGAGAGAUAUUGACUCUGUCGUUGUCGAGACGGAGAAAGUUGGAUUGGAUUGCGUCCAGUAUCUGAAGGAGCUGAGAUGUCCACCUAUGACAUUCAUUCCGCUGGAUAACAUCAAGGUCAAUGCCGUCAAUCCAGCAAUAAAGGGGUUCCCUGGAGCGAGGCUGACCAUUGACACGGUCAACUUCGACCCCACUGUUGAGAGAGCAGUGUCGUACGCCUGUGGCAGUUCCGUGGUCUGCGACACCUUGAGUGUUGCAAAGCAAAUAUGUUACGAAAAGAGAAUACCAGUGAAAGCAGUCACACUCGAAGGCUACAUCAUCCACAAGGCCGGGCUAAUGACUGGUGGCCGAGGACCUGAGCCGAAGGGAGGGAAGCGGAAAUUUGAGGAAGUAGAUGUGCAAAACCUUCAACGAAUGGCAGUGAAGCUGAAAGAAGAAAUCGACCGACUGCCAAAGUCGAAUCGCCGCGGAUCUUUAGAAGAGUCGCUGCAGAUUGAUCUCACUGGUUUAGAACGGCGCCUCCUUGGGACUCAGGAGGAGCUCGCCGCUUUCAGCAAGAACUGGACGAGCAAGAAGCGCGAGGUAGAUAACAUGAAUAGGCAACUGAGAGAACUGCAGCCCAAAUAUGCGGAGCAGGUCUCUCAAUUAGAGAACUGCAGCGCGACCAUCAAGGAAUUCGGCGAUGCCAUUGCUCGAGUGGAGGAUGAAGUUUUUGCCGACUUUUGCAGGCGGCUCGGUUACAGCAACAUCCGGGCAUAUGACGCGUCUUUAGGCAAGUUGGAACAAGAGGUUUCAGAGAGGCAGAACCAGUUCGAAGUCCAGAAACAGCGACUGGAGAACCGCCUCAAGUGGGAGGUUGCAAGGCUGCAAGAUAUGGAGAAGCGCAUUAAUCGGAUUCAAGAACACACUCGACGGCUCGAACAAGACAUUAAAACAUAUUCGCGAGAGAAAGCGGAUAUUGAGGAAGCGAUUCGUCUUGAACAAGAUGAAGUAGACGUUUUACGCGGAAAACUGGAACAAGAGAGAGCUGAGCUCAAGGAACGUAAUCAGGGAGUCAGCGAAGCGCGUGCCGAGUUGCAAAGAAGGAGCAAGGACAUGGAAGCGCUUCACCGCGACAUCAACACCUUGGAAACAACAGUGCAAAAGAACAGCGCGAGUAAGUCAGCAUUGCUCAGGAGGUGUCGGCUUGAGCAAAUUCAAAUACCUUUGGCGGAAGGGACGCUGGACAACCUCCCAAAUGAAGACGAUCUUCUACGCCAAGAUGCUGAUGCCAUGGACUUGGACGGUGAUGACGACGACAUGAUGGAUAUUGCCUUGGAUGAUCAUGGUAUCGAGAUCGACUUCGAAGGACUUGACAGUGAGUUAAAGGAGUCUGAUGACUUGGGAUUGGAGGAGAAGUUGAGUGAGAAGAUUUCGUUGCUUACUUCGGAACUGGAAAAGCUGAAUCCCAAUAUGCGCGCCAUGGAACGGUUGGAGAGUGUGGAAACAAGAUUGAAGCAAACUGACCAUGAAUAUGAAGAAUCCAAGGCCAUUGCACAAGCUGCCAAGGAUGCGUUUGGCAGAGUCAAGCAAAAACGAUACGAUUUGUUUAACCAAGCCUUUACACAUAUUCAGGAGCAAAUCUCGCACGUCUACAAAGACUUAACGCGAUCCGAAGCCUACCCACUUGGCGGACAGGCAUAUCUCGAUAUUGAAGAAGAUACCGAUAUGCCAUACCUGUCUGGCAUUAAAUACCAUGCCAUGCCUCCGCUAAAGCGUUUCAGAGACAUGGAACACCUAUCAGGAGGGGAAAAAACAAUGGCGGCGCUCGCUUUGCUCUUUGCCAUCCACAGUUACCAACCGAGUCCUUUCUUCGUGUUGGACGAAGUUGACGCCGCGCUGGACAAUGCAAACGUGGACAAGAUCAAAAAAUAUAUCCGUGAGCACGCUGGACCUGGCAUGCAGUUUAUUGUCAUCAGUCUCAAGACCGGGCUGUUUCAGGAUUCAGAGAGCCUGGUGGGAGUUUAUCGAGAUCAAGACGUAAACAGUUCGAGAACAUUAACUCUGGAUGACUAA